GGAAGACGAAUUGUUGUUGUUAGCGGCUGAACGCAGGCGGGCUGUGAAAGUUAUCUCUGCGAGGAAGCACGUCUUUUAAACCAAGUUCAACGUUCAAAUGGACGUUUACAUCCAGCGAGUAACGGCCACGGCUCUCUGAGCUUGCACGAGACGAACACGCUCGAGUUUGUCUCGUGAAUCUUUCGGUCUAGUCUGGUAACGUACGUUCGGUUUGUUUAGUAUCGGUGACGUGAGUCGAGAUGAAGCCGCCUCCUCGGAAACGAACUAAAAUAGAUCGCACCCUCGCAUACAGCACCCUGUCUCCCGAACCUUCUAGUAAACAAAAGGCCAGCAGACAGUGGAAGAUGGCCGAACAGAGGAGUCUCCUGACGGCACUGAAAAGACUCAGCGGGAAAACCCAGGGCCACGAAGACAUCGACUAUGAUUUCCUGAGAAACCACGUGAAAACUCGGUCCAUUUCGGAGAUGCAAUCUGUGGUGGAAUAUCUGAAGAACAAAGUGAUCUCAAUGGCGAGCCAAAUGCUAAAGGAGAAGAGGUUGGAGGAGAAGGUCCGAAAGCCCAUCGAGGUGUGGACACACAUGGCUUCUACUGUAACUGGAAGCCUCGAAGAACCCAUUUCCACUGCAUUCUCUCAGAUGCUGAUCGUGUCGUCCACAGAGCCUUGCACCCUGAGGAACUGUGACCCUCCCCAAGUCUACAGACCACCCACAAACAAAGAGGGGCCUGUUAGUCGCACCAUCACUCCUAGACCAAUGACUAGGUUGCCAGUCAAAGCUGAGCGUCCUAACGCCAACGCAGCCCGUCCUCUCAUGGUUAUCAAGACCCCGGCACCAGCCAUGGGCCCAGCCAAAAGACUCCCAGCACCCUCCCAAGUGGUGAGAGUGCCAAACAGCAACAUCCCUCCACCGAAGCAACGGCUUCCUGCCACAGCUGGAAGCUCGCCUGCUGCUGCCGCCACCUCCCCCUCUCAGACUGCAGCCUCCGCCUGCCCGCCGGGUGCGGCAGCAUCACUCGCUGUGCCUCCUACAUCUCUACAAUCGUCCUCACAGACUGUGACUCCACUUACAGUUACAGGACCAGUCCCACCCAGUUCUGGCUCUGCAGCAGUGGUAAAGACUCCGAGUGUUAGCAGCUCUCUAAUCAGGACUACCCAGCAGCCCGCGGAGCGACACCCCACCCCCAUCUCCACCGCCUCCACGUCAAACUCCCUCUCCUCCACCAACGCCACCAGCCAAACUCCAGUCCCCAGUACCGCAGCGUCCUCUGGUGCCUCCUCCACGCCCCCACUCUCCACCACCGCCGCGGCCUUGUACGCCCGCUUCGGUCGCACCAGCAAGUACAACACGACGGACACGCCGAGGGUGUUAGGCGUCAAGAGCGUAGUGGACUUUGAGAGGAUCUAUUACUACCUGAGUCAAAUCCACCAGCCGAACGACAAGUGUCAUCUCACCCCCAUGGAGAGCGCUAUAGUGCUGGACCUGUUGAUGUCUCUCCCAGAGGAGCUUCGCCUGCUGAACUGCAACAAGCUGCACACACAUCUGACCCAGGUGUACCAAUUCCUCUCAUCCCCCGCUGACUCCAAGAUGGCGCGAGAAAUGUUUAAAGAGCGGAAGGAUGGAGUCUGUGCUCAGACAGGGACACCGAGCGGUCCAAACUGUCAGCAGAGCCCUGCUGGGGCUGCUGACAGCGGCGAUGUCACAGACAGUGGAGGGAAGAAACUGCAGCCAGAGGAAUCUGAGAGCCAAUCAGCAGGAAGCAGUAACCCAUCAGGACAUUUGGGGAAUGCAGAAAAGAUGGGACCCUGCCCCCCCCUCAACCCAUUUAUGGUGCCACUGAAACUGUUGAGACGCAAAUAGGUCACGUUCAAAAAUGUAUAAAAACAAAUGUGCAAUGGUUUGUUCAGUAUGCUUUAGUUAUGUCUACAUUCUAUAAUAAUACAUUAUCUUUACACUCAUUUUAGAGUUUUAAAGUAUUUGGUCAUUGUUUGUCUCAGAGGUUCCAAGGCUGGGCAUCGAACCAGAAUCUGGAGUAUGGGAUGUCUGGUCACUCUGAUUCAUCGCCUCAUUUAUACUUAUUCUUUGAUGAGGUAGGUUCUAUUUAAAUCAGAAUAUUAUCUAUUUGAGACAUUUCAGUUUUAUUUAUGCAACGUUGUUGUUCAGCUGCUUUUGUUAAGACGACAUUAAACACUGAUGCAUUGAGAAGUUUGGCUUAUUUUCUUAAAAGAAAGAAAAAGCUUUUUUUGUACAGGGGAACUAAAGAUUAUUGUAUUAUUGAUUGAUCUGCAUAUUAUUUUCUUUAUUAAUCAUUUGGAUAAUAAAAUGUCAGGAAAAAAAGUGAAAAAUG